UUCAUUCGUGUUGAUUGGAGGCAUUCGAGGGGAAGUUGGUUUUGUCGCGGUGUUUUCGGUGUUUUGACGGUUCCCUGCGCGAAAUCCAAGCUAUCAACACUCUGACCCGUCGCUUGCCGAACUUUUGUCGCCAAACCCGUCGUCGAUACUCUUCUGGGAUGCUGGGAAAGUGGGGGUAGCAGCGUAGGAUGGACAGCGCCCUGAUUCAGGGGAUCCGGCGUCUGCUAAGCGACUAUGACAACAUGGACGAGCUGGUUCAAGACCUGACGGCGGCUCUUGAAGAGUCCUCGCUGCCCAAGCGCGGUGCCACGGCCAAGUGGAGCGCCAUCUCUGGCGACGACUCCGAGUCCAGCCUUGAGGGGGGACGCACGCGCGAUGGCAGGCCGCGUGCUGAGCGCGGCCAGGCACAGUUGAGCGACUCCGACGAGCUGCUGCAGCGCCUCUGUGCCUGGCGCCACCGGCAGAGCAACGUCGCCGCCGCCGAAUCCGACUCGGUCAACGAGAACUUCCUUCCCCGACCGCAGCGCCGCAAGCGCAAGCUCAAGCGUAUGGCUGUCGACCCCCCCAGCAUUCCCCAGCUGUCGCGGCUGAAGGGCCGGGCGGCCCCCGCAGGCCCCGGGCGGCGGCUGCCGUCGUCGUUGUGCGGGAAGCGCAAGCGCAGCGUGCGGGAACGCAGUCUGGAGUCUCUGGCCAGGGUGCACCGCCGGUCGGAGUGCUGCGACUCCAUGGACACCGGGGACGCCGGGGCGGCCGGCAAGCCCCACGGGGAGUGCAGCAGCAGUCUGAGCAGCAGCGAGAGCGAUGCGGGCAUCCUCACCAACGACGAGGGGCGGGAAGGGGACGACGAGCAGAGCGACUUCUUCCACGAGGCAGGCCCCGCGUGCGGCAUCCCGGCGGGGGUCAUGGCCUGGUGGGACGAGGAGGGGCCCCUGGCGCAGCUGGGGGCACACUUUCAGGCCAUCCUAGGGGCCAGCCUGGCCCCACACAUGCCCCACCCGCACAGGGACGGACGAGAGAUCCGGUCAGGCAGACGGAGGCUGGGCAAGUCCGUGCGCGACGCCGCAAAGGCCCUGGCAGUGUCCUUGCCCUCGGAGCACCGACUGGCUGGCCGUCUUGCAGAGGUCCUGUCGGAGCGCGGGGCCCACGGCCGAGGGGCCGAGGUGAAGCGGCGGCGCCGAGCCCCCCCCGCGGGGGGCGGGCGCGCCCCCGACGCCUGCCCUGACUGGGGCGCGCGCCCGCGCCACCGCCCCUUUCUCGACCCCCCGCCGCCACCCCCACCCCCGUCGCCACAGCCCAGCUGAGGACGGGGGACCACACCUCAAUCGACGUCGCCUCCCUUUCCUUCCCACGCCGGUGCCCGCAACGUCGGUCGCAUAUCGGCAACGUUGACCACAGUACGGCGACACGCCGGCGUUGUCACCCGCAGGAUGGCAAU